AUCGUUAAUCGAUAGCUCAGUGCAUGCCGGCAGCGAAGGAAAAUUGACAAUUUGGGAAAAAGCUUGAAACCCCCGAAGGACAUGGAGCUGGAACUGGACGUGGUGGACUCGCUGCAGGCGCUGGCCUACGAGGGACCCUGCCUGCAGCAGGAGAGCCUGAGUCGCGCUCUGGACGCGGGAAUCGCAAGUCCGGACUUAAGGGCAGUAGUCCACUGGUUGGCCCACGAAUUGCACAUUCUGCGGAAAACCGACGAGCGAGUGAGCUCCAGUCAAAAGGACAACGAUGAGUUCGCCUUCGAGUUGUCACUGCUGCUCACGGAAUUGGGUUGCCCCUACCGCCGGUUGGUCCAGGGAGCCAUCGAUCAGCGUUUCCAGGAUCGCGAGUCUCUGGUUCAACUGCUGGAGUAUCUCACAUCCGAACUGAUGACCACCAAGAUGGUGUUGAAGUCCCAACCAGUGGGUCCGCCCUGCAAGCGCUCGAAAACCGACUCCAAUGUCCAACAGGCUGUGGAAAGCUUGGCCAAAGAUCUUCAGCUGGGCGAGCUCCCGAAGAACAUCAAUACCAAGCUGCUUUUCGAGAAGAUUACCCCCCGUUUGGAGCAGUCCCUCAAGCAAAUCAAUCGCCAGGUGCUCAGUGAACCCCUGCUGAAGCUAAAGAAGCCUCUGAGUGAUGGCCAAUGGCGCGUCCUGGAGUCCCUGCAUCGAGAUCUCGAGGCGGAGUACAAUCUGCGCCGGCAGAUGAUGACCACUCGAUUGGAGGCCACGGUGCAGAGCUUCCAGUGGUCGGAUUCCAUGCGCCAGCGCUCCAACGAGAUCAUGGAUCGCUUCAAUCGCCAAAUGCGCGAGCUGGAGCAGCUGAAAGUUGGCGGCGAACAGACGGAUAUGGUGGCCCUGCUGGCAGCUCGCUCGGAUCUGGCCAUUAUCGAGAAGACGAGCUCGGCGAAUGUGAGGAAGAACACGGCGUCCAAGAUCCAGAAGCAUGUGAUUGGACGGGUGCCCGAUCGCGGUGGCCGCGCCAAUGAGCACGCUCCUCCGCCACCGGAGAUGCCUUCGUGGCAGCAGCAAAGAGCUAGUGGUCCGCCAGGCGGAGGAGGUCGUGGUGGAGGAGGAGGUAGCUUCAGGGGAGGACAAGGACGAGGCGGCGGUGGAAGAGGAGGAGGAGGCGGCGGAGAAGGAGGUGGCAACUGGCAGCAACCUCAACAGCAGCAACAUCAGCAGUAUCAGAAUCAAAACCAAAACCAACGCGAUCGCAGCCGCGAGAGAAAUGACCAGCAGUGGAUCAGCGGCAGUGGACGUGUGCAGGGAACUGGAUGGAAUCCGCAGGGCGGACGAGGAGGUGGAGGUGGUGGCGGAGGCCGAGGCCGGCGGCGGGGAGGAGGUCGAGGAGGACAGCGAGGCGGCUACCGAUGAUCCAUGAAUCCCAAUCCCCAUUAACUUCGAUUUUAAGGCAGACCUAAAACGACUGAUCCUCCUGUAAUCCAUUAACUUUACUUUCCUUAACCACACGCAUAACCCAGUUUAAUUUAUUGCGAAACCGCAUGAAUGUGUUUAUAAUUGCAAAUGGACAGCCAUAGCCAUUUAAAAAAUAAACUAUAUAUGUCAUCUAUAUUUGCCAGCAAA